GCAGACAGCUUGGAUGAGACUUGCGUGGGAGAGAGUCGGAGCCUCGAGCAAGAAGAGGAGGAGGAGGAAGCCUCGGACGGGGAAGCGACAGCCCUCGAGGACGCCAAAAACCAGGAGGUGAAGGACCAGUUCUUCACGGUCUUCAAGCGCAGCAACUCCGUGGGCAGCCAGGAGUCAUCGACCCUAGCUGACUGUGUGAGACGCGUGGAGCGGAAGCGGUAUGCCCGGCAGCUGGAACGACGAACAGG